AUGGACUGCACUUUGCUAGAGAGGAAAAAGCGUCUGCAGCAUGGCUAUGAUGACACCCCGUAUCAAGAUUGUUUCCCCGUGUUUAUCCCAGAGAGUGACGCUGCGAAUGUGGCUGGUGUUUUGGAUAGCAUUGAUGAGGGUGCUGAUUUUGACUUGGGCGCGGACGCGCUUGGCCCUGGUGCGUCACCGUUUGCUCUUGGUUCGACUGAAAAGUCCGUUGACAUCAACCGCUUCCACCGCUCCCUUGCCCACGCUUGCGAGCCUCUUUUCAGAGGAACUGCCCAGCAGAGAGGCAUCGUGCUCACGGGCAAGCUGGAACCGUGCACGGACUGCAUGAGGGCGAAGGGCAGGCGAGGGUCGGUGCCGCGGGGGGCGGGAGCGCGGGCGUCUAAGCACCUCGGGCGUGUUCACCUGGACCUGUGUGGACCGCUGAUACCCUUCCUAGGCGGCAACCUCUACCUGUUCGUUACCGUGGACAGCGCCUCGUGGUGGAACAAGGUCUACGGUCUCCGGCGGAAGUCCGACGCGCUGGCGGCAACGAAAAGGCUGCUGGCGGACGUGGGGCGGUACGACCUCGGGCGCAUCGAGUGUUUCCGCGUCGACAACGGCACCGAGUGGACCCGCGGCGACUUCCGGCGCUUCUGCGACGACAACGGCAUCGGCGUCGAGUUCACACCUCCUGGCGUUCCACAGUACAACGGCGUCGUCGCAAGCGCCAUCUGGCGCAUCAUGAAGGCCGGCAUGGCCGCUCGCCGCAGCGCUGGCCGUGUGUUCAACGUCGACUUCGCCUCCAUCCCCGGCCUUGACGAGCGCGGUGACCGUUUUUGGAUGGAAUCGGCGAGUUUGGCGGCGCUCGCCGCACGAGAUGUUCACCGGCGAGCAGGGGCCUUUCCGCGUGCUGCCGUUCUUCCAGCCCGGCUUCAUGCGUGA